AUGAUGCGGACUUUGGCUCCAAAUCAGAUGUGCCAGUAUUUGAACAUGUUGAUCUGCUGCUCCUGUUUUGGUUUCACUUUCUGGACGCAUUGGUCUCUGCGCCGCUCCGCCCUGGCCCUGGCUCGCAGCUUUCCAAACCGUCCGAGCCCCCGCCCGUGCUCGCGCAAGAACACCUUGGUGCCAAUGGCGGCCUUCGAACGUGUGGCGUUCGAGACAGCGGGCCAGCCAAUUAAGUGCAAGGCGGCUGUGGCAAGAGGUGUGAAUGACUUGAAGAUUGAGGAAGUGACCGUGGCAGUGCCUGGCCCGAGAGAGGUACGCUUGAAGGUGAAGAGCAACGCUCUCUGCCACACCGACAUCUACACGCUCUCCGGUCAAGAUCCGGAAGGUCUGUUCCCCAGCAUCUUAGGACACGAGGCUGGAUGCAUUGUGGAGAGCGUGGGCGAAGGGGUCACAGGUGUGAAGCCGGGCGACCAUGUGAUCCCUUGCUACACCCCUCAGUGUGGGGAGCCGGAGUGCAUUUUUUGCUUUCCUCCCAGAGGCAAGCGUACCAACCUGUGCCCAAAAAUCCGUGGCACCCAAGGCAAGGGCGUGAUGCCGGAUGGCACAAGCCGCUUCACAGACUCAGAGGGCAAGACCAUCUGGCACUUCAUGGGCUGCUCCACCUUUUCCGAGUACACUGUGGUGGCAGACAUUUCCUGUGCCAAGGUGUCCCAGACGGCCCCACUGGAUGUUUGCUCCCUGCUGGGCUGUGGGGUGGCCACCGGCCUGGGCGCCGCGUGGAACACGCUGGACGUCGAGGGCGGCUCGUCGGCGGCGGUCUUUGGGCUGGGCGCUGUGGGGCUCGCGGUGAUCCAAGGUUGCCAGAUGCGUGGCUGUGCUCGGAUCUUUGCCAUUGACAUGAACCCUAAGAAGUUCGAAUGCGCGAAGAUGUUGGGCGCCACCGACUGUCUCAACCCCAAGGAUUUCGACAAACCCAUCCAGCAGGUGAUUGUUGGCAUGACCACGUGGGGUGUGGACUACACCUUCGACUGCACUGGGCAUUGCGAGGUGAUGCGUGCAGCGCUGGAGUGCGCGCACCGUGGUUGGGGCGAGAGCUGCAUCAUUGGCGUCGCGGCGGCCGGAAAGGAGAUCAGCACCAGACCCUUCCAGCUCGUCACCGGACGGCGCUGGGCCGGGACGGCUUUCGGAGGAUGGAAGGGCCGAUCGGAGGUGCCUUCAUUGGUGCAGAUGUACGAGUCUGGUCGCCUGAAGCUCGACCACUACAUCACCCACAAGUUCAAGGGUGUGGAAGGCACCAAGGAGGCCAUCGAGGCUCUCCACUCCGGGGACUGCUUGCGGGCUGUUGUCACAUACUGCUGA